AAAAGUAAACAACCCAAUCUCCCAUUAUCUCUUAUGAGUCUUAUCUCUUGAUAAGGAAAAUAAAAUACGAGUAUUUUUAGUCAAAGGCUAAAUGCACACUUUAAUUCAAUUUUAUACACAGAUUACAUAUUAUAUUGAUGAUUUCUGGUAUUGCAAGACCUAGCAAGCUCAUACACACCCUGUCUCGGAGCAAAGUUAUCCACCCAUUUAUUCUUCUUCAACUCCACUUCAAGCACACUCUUCAAAUGGCACGAUCUGCGUUGGAUGAGUUGUCAGCUUCGGGUGCUUUUGAGAGAACUUCGUCCAGUUUCCGUGAUUCGAUUUCGCGGGACCCGAAUUCCACUUUCCCAGCAGAAGCUGGUAGGUAUCAUCUCUACGUGUCAUAUGCGUGCCCUUGGGCAUCACGGUGUCUUGCCUUCUUGAACAUCAAAGGCCUUGACAAGGCUAUUUCUUUUACUGUAAGUGGCGUUGUAAUUAAGCUCUAAAUCCAUUUUGACUCUCAAAAGCUGACACUUGAGAAGUAAGAACUCUUUUGUUUUGAUUUUGUGGGGGCAUUAUAUAUUAGUCUGUUAAACCCAUAUGGGGGAGGACGAAGGACAGUGAUGAGCACAUGGGUUGGAUUUUUCCCUCUUCGAGCACUGAAGAGCCCGGGGCUGAGCCUGAUCCUUUAAAUGGUGCUAAGAGCAUAAGAGAACUAUAUGAGCUUGCAAGUUCUAAUUAUGUUGGGAAGUACACGGUCCCCGUUCUUUGGGAUAAAAAACUGAAAACCAUUGUGAAUAAUGAGAGCUCGGAGACAAUCCGCAUGCUUAAUACCGAGUUCAAUGACAUUGCCGAAAAUGUAGCACUCGAUUUGUACCCUCCGCAUUUGCAGUCCCAAAUCAACAACGUGAAUGAGUGGAUAUAUAAUGGGAUAAACAAUGGAGUGUACAAAUGUGGAUUCGCUAGGAAGCAAGAGCCUUAUGAUGAGGUAAGUCUACAACAACAACAACAACAACCCAGUUGGAUCCCACUACAGUAGGGUCUGGGGAGGGUGUGUGUACGCAGACCUUGCCCCUACUUGGAAAGGGAGGCUGUUUCCCCCGGCUCAACCUGCACAAAAAAUGAUAGGGUAUACAGUAUAGCAUGGAUAAAACACCAAGUACAAUGAAAAGAAAGUUCUACAAGCAUUAAUAGAAGAUUCCAAUCAAACACAACACACUACAAAAAACCUCUAUAGCACCGAGUUCCUAACCAGCUACUCUAAUCCUAGUUCUCCAAAGGUAAGUCUCUAAGUCCUUUUUGUUUUCGCCUGUGCUCAUACAUGCCAACCCAAUUCGUGGAGAAACCAAACAUGGAUGAGUGUGAAUAGAAUAAACAAACAUACACUUGGCUUAAAAUUUCGUGUUUCAGGCCUCAUUUAGAGUGAAUCUACUGCGAAUAAUCACUUAAUCCGUGGGAAUUAGAUAUAAUCGCGUUUGGAAUGAUGAGAAUUAAACCAAUUCUUUGAUUGGGUACGUUCCAAACAAAGUUGUAGUGUUUAAAUGUUAUCCAAUGGUUUUUGCUGAAUUUUUUUUUCUUAUCUUCAUACAGGCAGUGGAAAAGCUGUAUGAAGCUUUAGAUAAGUGUGAGGGCAUUCUCAGCCAUCAACGAUAUCUGUGUGGAAAUCAAGUGACAGAAGCUGAUAUCCGCUUGUUUGUCACCCUCAUUCGGUUUGACGAGGUCUACGCGGUUCACUUCAAGUGCAAUAGGAAGUUGCUGCGCGAAUACCCGAAUCUCUUCAAUUACACGAAAGACGUCUUCCAAAUCCCGGGCAUGAGCAGUACAGUAAACAUGGAACACAUCAAGAAGCAUUACUAUGGGAGUCACCCCUCCAUCAAUCCAUUUGGGAUCAUCCCGCGAGGACCGAAUAUUGACUAUGCUUCUCCCCAUGAUAGAGAGACAGUUGGGUAAUACUAAAUCGAACUAAAAACAUGUGCAUUCCUCUCUUCUUCCCACGUCUUCGGCGUUUUCUUAUCUAUUCGCAAUAAAAGAUUUCCACGUUUGCUUCAAAAUCACUUGAUUUCCAACAUAUUCGAGACGCGGCUUUGUUGUUGUUAUAUAUUGUUGUAACCAAAGUUGUUUCCUGGCAAAUUGCAAUGAAAGGUUUAAUUUCUUAUUUUGUUGAUCCUUGUAAAAAAAAAAAACCCCAUUCAUCCAUCCUUCAUUUAAUUUCUUCAUGGUGUAAUACGUUUUGACUUUUGAGGAAGAUUUUUCUUUUCUUUUUUUGUUAGAGUCUAGAAAUAGUCCCC